GUCAAACCUCCGGUGAUUAAUGCGCCCGGAGUUCCCGCUGGGACCACCCGUUUGAUGGUUUGAUGUCUUUGCCGUCUCUCCGUACUCCGUACUUACUGUGUACAGAGUGAAUAGUUAGUUAAACAAUCCUAACAAGUUAUUGUUGUGUGGUUUGUAUCAUGUAACUUACAGUGCAGGAUGACUAUAAUCACAGUACCUUAUUCAGAAGGGUUUACAUCCACACUGGGACGAAAACAUGGUCGAAUCUUCCUCCAGCUUGUUAAGCACAAACUUUCUCUCACCUCGUUCCUCCCUGUUCUUCGAUGCAGGUGGGCAACCAAAGGGAUCUUCGCUCAAAUUCCGCGCGAUCAGCCACCCUCGGGCCAAUGAGUUGUCCCUGUUGCCAGUGGUUCGUUUCACCUACUCUCGCUUCGCUCCACUGUUGGGGUCGAAAUGCUCUCCCGCUGCAUCAGGAUUGCUUUUACAGCUUCUAAGAAAAGAAAAACAUCGGCUCCAGACGGAGGCGAGGGGUCUCUCCAUCAGUCUCCGUUCCUCCUCCCUGCUGGUGCCAACGCUGCUGCCGUCGCUACAGCAGAACCGGGGUUAUAUCAAGUCGCCGUUGCUGCUCGCUACAUUCUUCUUUCUCCUCCCCUUUCUUCAUCACGAUUUCAUCCAUCUUCUCAUUUCCUCCUCUGCCUAUCUUCAUACUUGCUCAGCACUUACUGGUAAUACUUAAUUUCUAUUGAAGUUGGUGCUUGUCUCUUGCUUGUCAAACAUAUCAACCCACCCCACCUGUAUACAUAU